UCGUUUUUGAUUGGUUACUUUCAGAGUCUGUGACCAAUCACUGUGCAGGUUUCUACUGGAUACUGUGAAUGACAAUUCAGGAACUCCUGUUCGCACCGCAUGUAGCGCAAAGAAGGAGGCGUAAACACUGACAGAGCUAAGGUAGCCAGCGAGGUAAUGGACAUGAGCAACAGCAGCGACUGCUACCAGUGUGGCCGUGCCGGGCACUGGGCCAAGCAUUGCCCUACUGGUCAAAGUAGCACACGUGGUACUGGUGGACGCAGCAGGGGUCGGGGACGAGGCAAGGAGCUGUUCUGUUAUCGGUGUGGAGACCAAGGACACAUGGCCAGGGACUGUGACCAAACUGAGGAUGCGUGCUACAACUGCCACAGGAGUGGCCACAUUUCCCGGGAUUGCAAGGAGCCCAAAAAGGAGAGGGAGCAGCUGUGCUACAACUGCAACAAACCUGGCCAUGUGGCCCGUGACUGUGAGCAUGCCAACGAACAGAAGUGCUACUCCUGCGGUGGGUUUGGCCACAUCCAGAAACUUUGUGAUAAGGUCAAAUGUUACAGGUGUGGCGACAUUGGCCACGUUGCUGUGCAUUGCAGUAAAGCAAGUGAGACUAACUGCUACACCUGCAGAAAGCCGGGCCACGUGGCAAAAGAUUGCCCUGAAGAUGAAAACUGCGCAUAAUCAGUGCCCUCUGUUGCCCCUCCUUUUUUCAGAUUGAUGGUUGGUUGUAUUAUUUUCUCUGAAUCCUCUUCACUGGCCAAAGCUUGGCUAACAGAGGCUAGUCCCAGGCCAGUGAGCCUCUCGACAUGAUAUACAAUGAAAGGGGUGAAAAAAAAAUCUUUCUGCAUUCAAUACAAAAAUGUUUUAGUUUGGUAGCGGUGUUAUGUAUAAUGCUUUGUUAAAGAACCCCCUUUCCAAGCCACUGGUUAUCAGAGAUGAAUAAAUGGGACUAAACAUAUGGGAAUCUAUAGGACCUUUUGAGCUUGUGGAAGUAAGCCUCAGUAAUAUGAGAUAGAAGAAGGGAGUAAAUGGAAACUGAACUUCCAUGUAAGGUUAUUUUGGUUUGUUUUAGUGGGAUUUGAGUUGGCCAAGAGGGUAAAGACAAGGAAACCGUUCAUAACAUGAUGCAUUUCAGCCCUAAAAGCAGCAAAGUGGGCGAUAACAAACUACAUGUUAUAUUGCUACGAUAUAAACAUUUUGGAGGUAUUAAAAGAAACACGUUCUUUUAUAGAAAAUCUGUUUACAAUUUAAAUAUCACGUGGUAGUCCAAGGUAGACUUUUCCUUUUAAAAAUGGCUUUGGGGUUUUUUUUUUUUACCUUGGCAAAAUUUAACAACAUGAACAGUUGUAAGAACAGCAGAAUUAGGAGUUAUUUGGGAAUGAAAAAAUGUUUUCACAGAAAUCAAAAUGUUAUUUUUGUACAAUAUCACUUAGACUACUGUAUAAAUACCAUUUGCUUGUACUCAGUUUUUAAGUCGGAAGGAAAGUGCAACUGAAGUCCUAGAAAAUAGAAAUGUAAUUUUAAACUAUCAAUAAAGCUGGAGGAGCACGGGGA